AUGGCCCCAAUUACGGACGAGGAAUGGGCCGACCUGGUUGCCCACGAACUCCCCAAGACAUCCGACCCUGUCAUCCGCAGCUAUCUCGAGAGCCGCCGUGCCUUGAUCGCCCAGGGGCAGAGACACCGAAGCGGUAUUACACAUUUCUCCUUCCGCCAGGCCCUCUCUCCCAUCGCGGCGCAGGCGUGUGAUAUCGUCUCCAAAAUCCGCCAUGAAGAACGAAUCUCGCCAGUGGCGUCCGCAACCCGCACCGAAAACCUCGCGUCUUGGAAGAUCGUUAAGCGCCUGCCUAAAGGCGCACUCCUCCGCGCACACUGCCACGCCCUGGUCGACCUGGACCGUCUUCUCGAUGAUGCAUUGAACACGCCGGGGAUGUGCAUCUCGUUGUCACCAUCCCUAGGGAACGAUCCCACGUCGGUCAACUCCGGGUGGGAAGGACGUCCGUGUAUCCUAUUUAGGGGGCAGCCGGAUUCGAGCCAAUCGCUAUGGGACGACAACUAUAUGCCCGGCUCUUUUGUGUCUCUUUCGAAGGCAGCCGACGAGUAUCCGGGGGAAGGACGGUUGGGCUUUCUAGGCUGGAUCAAGGGGAAGUGUGGGAUAUCGACGUUGCGGUCUGAUCUCGAGAGGGGUUACGCAGGGUCGUCCGCGGUCUAUUCCGAUCUCAUCAGCGGCAUGCUAUACUAUGAGCCGUUGUGGCGAGCAUUCCUCCGGCGGUUGAUGUCUGGUUUGGUAGGCGAUCGUGUCUCCUGGCUAGAGUUGGGCUUGACUUUCCCAUUGGCCUUUUACCGAGAAGGGUCGGAAACACCGGAGGUGGAUCACGACUACCUGUUCGGCAUCAUCGAGGACGAAGAGGCCAAAUAUUUGGCCAAUGGCCGGCCUCUGGGAUUAUGGGGCCUCCGCGUGGUGUGGUCAACGAAGCGUAGCCUCGAUCCCCGGUCGAUCAUCGAAGACGCCGACAGCUGCAUUUCGACCAAGCUUUUGUGGCCGCGUCUGGUGGCCGGGUAUGACCUUGCGGGACCCGAGAACCUCGGUCGGCCGCUUGCGGACUUGACUCCCGAACUGUUCUGGCUCCGAAAGCAAUGUGUGGUCGAAGGUGUCACGCUCCCCUUUUUCUUGCAGGCCGGCGGGUCGUCCCUUGCCAUCAACCACCACGACGAUGAUGACAACAACAACAACAACCUCUUCGAUGCCCUCCUCCUCGGCGCCCGACGAAUAGGCCACGUCUUCGCUCUACCCCGACACCCCCGCCUCAUCGAAGCCAUCAAGGACAAACGGAUCCUCACCGAGCUCUCUCUACCACCGCCCGAUAUCGAAACGGAGCCAUCGGUGGCGGGUACCACCAACAACAGCGACAUCAUCAUCGCCAACCACCCCCUCCCAUUCCUCCUAAUGCAGGGCGUUCCCUGCGCCCUUUGCGAGGACGAUUCCGGGCGCAUUUCGCAGCGGAGCCGAGAUGGCGUCGACCAGAUGACCAGUAUCUUUUGGCACGCCCUUCGGGCUUGGGAGAAGGAUGUUGAUGGUGGUUUCGACCUCGCCACGUUAGGAUCGCUUGCCGAGAAUAGCGUGCGGUGGGCGGCGUUUGAGGACGAAGACGCAGAGACGUGGGUACGUGAAAUUCGUGCAGCAACCGUGGGGGCCGGGACUAAGGCAGCGAUGUUACAGAAGUGGGCUGUGGAGUGGGAGCGAUUUUGUAUUUGGGUGGUCACCGAGUAUGGAGAUGGGCGUGGCGAUGCGCGGUGA